CCCACCGUCAACACGUUCAGGUCACUUGUGAUUCCUUCAUGGUGGAAACAGGUGCAGUGCUCAUUCACGGAAGCAAUGAUGCUGUCUUGGGGUUUUGUGUUUGCACUUGUUUGCCUGCCUGGAGUCCAAAGUGCCUGUUACCCGUCACCAUGCGACAAUCUGCAGAACAGGAUGGAUGCCAUAGUCAUGGAUAAUAAGGAUCACAUCCGUCUUUGGUGCGAAGUUGCAGUGCCAUACACCGGCUGUUUGAAUAAACUUCCUCUAGAUUGUCGGACAACUCGUAUUGUAAACGUCGUCGCAGAAACGAAAUACCAGAUGGAACAAAUGGGGUGUGGUUCAUCUGGGGAGUUGACCUCGACAAUCAGCCUGUUUAUCCUGACAGCGAUCAACACACUCCUUCUCUGACAAAGGAACUAACACACUGAACGCCUUGUUACAGAUGUAUAAUGUGGUUUCGUGAUGUUUUUCAAUAUCUUUAGGUAAACAAUGUGUCACAAUCUGUAGGUAUCGUGUUAAUAUAUUCAAAGCUUAAAUAUUUGCUGUUAAAUAAGAUGAAUAUACUGGAGCCAUACAUGAAUUGUUGCGUCUUUUCUAUAUACUAAAUCUAAUGCUGAUUUAUUAUAUAUAUAAAAAGUAAGUUCAAGUAUGGAACUUCAUUACAUUUUGUUUCUCACAAAAAGCAUAAUUCAGGUUUAGAGUUUUUCUUACAAAUGUGAAGGCUCUAAUAUAUGCUGCAACAGUGCCUGAAGGGGCGGACAUUUUUAUAAGCGUACUCUUAGCACUUGUGAUAUUUUGUCGAUAUUGAUGAAUUAAAAAUCACAAAGCACUUCCAUAGUAUAAAGCCAUAGUACGAUUCCGACUACCGUAUUCGACGUAAUAAGCGCCCAGGGCGCUCUCAAAGUUAGAAAUAGGGGGCUCUUAAUAGAAUAUUAUUUUGGUGAA